AUGAAAUUCCUCUUAGUUUGCUUUAUGGCAUUGGCUGCCUCUGUUUCCGCCAAAAUGGUUGAUGACGCCAAAAUCAAGGAAUGUGCGGCCAACAAUAAAAUAACGGAUUUGUCAUUGGUGCAAAAGAUGAUGGCUCCCGGAUUCACUACAACUAGCAAAGAUGAGAAGUGUUUCGGAUUGUGCGUCGGAAUGGCAAGUGGAUGUUUGAGUGCCGACGGAACUCUUAUGCCUGGUCACGAGGCCGAUGCUCCCGAAGGUAUUGACAAAGCUAAAAUCGCCGCAGCAGCUGCUGAAUGCGUCAAAAUGACCGAUGCUGAUCCAUGUGAACAAGCAUACAAACAAUGGACUUGCUUGAUGGAUAAAGCAAAGAAAAUGUAA